UUUUCAUCGAAACAUAGAAUUAUUGAAAGUAAUUUUAUUACUUUUUUUCACUCGAAAGAAUGUUUACAUUGCGUCCAUUGGCGCCAGUUUUACAACGGACCUUUAACUCUCUUCGCUUUUAUGCACACCCAACGAAAAAAGCUUCCUCCAAAACUAAAACUGCUGCAGCGAUGAAGUUUGUCCAUGAGGAAACAUUGCGAUAUUUGAGCCCGUCAUGUAAUGUCAAAGUUAUUUCGGAUAUUUUCAUAAAAGUUCGAUCUGCCGAUGUCCACGAAUAUCCAAGUGGCGAUGUUUUUAUUGCCCAAUUACAUGGUGGUCCCGCCAAAAAUUGUCCGGCAACAAUGAAUGUCACGGUCAGCGAUGAUGAGAAUAGUGUUGAGGUUCUUGUAAAGCGACUCAAGGAGGAUACUGGUGAUUUUCAUUGUGAGUUAGAGGUACCAGUAAAGGCCAGUGUAGAAGUUACAUCGAAUAGUGGAGCAAAUAUUUCCAAAAUAUUUGGAGAUUUCCUUAAAUUAAAAGCAGAAAAUUAUAUAACUGUAUCGGAUGUAAAAGCUGAAGAUAUAAGCGUUGAGAGUAUUAAUGGAAAUGUGUUUAGUCGUGGCCUCUUACUUGGCAAGAGAACAAAGAUUGUGACGAACAAUAAAGGCCACAUUAUUUUAGAUAAGCUACAAGGAGAUGAAAUAGUUUGCAAGACCGAUCAGGGUAACAUAACUACAAAUUGCUGUUAUGUAGAAUCAUCAGUAUUUGAAACUAAUUCGGGCGAUUUGGACCUAAAAAAUAUGCAUAAAACUAGUAAGAUAAAUGUCCAGCAUCCCGAUGGGAAUCUCAAAAUGACUGGCGUCCAUGGCAACAUAAAUGUCAACUUCAAUGGCAAUUCAAUGGAAUUGCAAUUAUCCGAAUUAAAUGGAGAGAAUUCUAUCAAAUCUGACCAUGCCGAAUCAAUUGUAAUAAAUAUUUCCGAUGAAAUUGAAAAGAAUACUUCGAUUGUGGCAAACUUACGAAAGAACGAUACAAGCAUUACUCUUGACCCAUCUCUGCAGCAUUUGAAUGGUGGUUUGUUGGAAGACAAGCAUAGCUUUAAAUGGCCCACAGAUAAGGAACUUUCGUGUAAAUUACAAAUAGAUGUUAAUAAUUCAUUGAAAUUGGGUAAAUCAUCCUGGGCGGAUAUGUUGCGUUUGAAAAUGAAACAAAACCAGAAGAACAAUAACAAAAAUGACAAGCUUUAAAUUUAGUACUUAAACGAUUUUAAUGUAGAAUUAAUAGAAUUAAUGUUAAGUUUUCUUAAAAAAGUUAUUUGUUUUUUUUUUUUUUUGUUUCUGAGAUAAUAAAUUAAUUUGACUUUGCUUCAAUAUUGGUUUAGUAUCGUCACCAUUUUUCUAUUAAA